CGAAUGAGACACCAUUGCACAAGUACUGCUUUGUACACUGCUUGGCUGCUUUGCUGACUUGGCUCCGACUUGACGGAACCCUACUUUGGUUGGGAAAUCCCUUUCUUCCAAGAUCCGAGGAUUAUUCAUGGAUGACUAAUUGCUUGUCAUCGCCUCAGCGCCCAAUACAUUCCAUUAUCGCUGCACACUCAAGAACACAAGGGCCGUGAUCAACAUUGGUUCCCUGUUCUUACAUAAUCACUUUGCUCCGUUGCCUGUGCAACCUGUGGAUCUGAAGAGAUGUGGUAGAAAUAAAUAUAGAAUUUGCUCCUUCAUUACUUAAACAAUGGUUUUUGGUCAAACCACCGCUCGAACACUCCUCUGUCUUGCUCUUCCCACCCUCAACAACUGCGUCAGUUUCAGGAAAAUGGCGACUAGUACUACCAGCGUUGGAAUGCCUCCUAUCGUUACGCCUGAAGGAAAGAAAGCCUUGGAACUAUACCUUUUCGUUGGAGGAGGGUCGCCCAACGGUCAUAAAGCCGCUAUCCUCUUUGAGGAACUUCGUAAUGCUUAUGGGAAAGAAUUCGAUUACUCUCUGAAGACGAUCGAAAGUCGGAAGAAGGAGCACUUCAGUGCUGAAUUCUCAAAGGUCAACCCCAACAACAAAAUUCCCGCUCUUCUACAUACGCUCCCUUCCGGUCAUACCGCCCGGAUCUUCGAAUCUUCCGCCAUCUUAUCAUACAUCACCACCUCCUUCGACCCCGACCACAAACUAAGUUUCUCUACGUCUUCACCUCAUUACGGCGAACAACUUUCAUGGCUCUUUUGGGGUCCUGGUAAUCUCACCCCAACCUUCAUGGAAGCUGUCCAUUAUAAUUGGUUGGAUGUAAAAGUUCCUCAUGCUAGUGAGAGGGUUGGUAAAGAAGCGGCGAGGGUGAUUGGUGUUAUUAAUCAGAGGUUGGAAGAAGAGGGUGGGAGGGAGUAUCUUGUUGGUGAUGGGAAGGGAACGUUUAGCGUUGCUGAUAUUAGUCUUUUCCCCUUGGUUCGUGGGAUGUUCGCGUUUGGAGGUCUUCCACAAGGCGAUUUGAAAAAGUGGCCUCAUGUCGCUGAAUGGCUAGGUCGUAUUCAGUCACGGCCUACCGUACAGGCUGGGUUGACGACUGGUCAGCGCUAGUUUUUUUUUCCCUUUUCCUCUUUUCCUUGUUGCGCUGCGCAAGUAGGAGGUAUGGUAAAUGAAAUGAAGAUAUCUGAACGUCCCCUCAUUCGUGUAUAGCCAAGCCAGCUACUAGCCCAAAAUUGAAGUGCGUCUCAAAAAUAUUACGUAAAUAUGGGGUUGCAACUUUUGCGCAUGAUACCUACAUUAGCUUGGGAAGCUUUUUUUCGCUAUAUUGUACUACAAGUAGGACUGGCUUGUCCUAGUGAGAACCGGG